GUAAGGAAAAGCGACCCGCAGCUGUCUGUGAGAGCCGCAUGUCGGAAAGUCAGCGAGCUCACUGGUGUUAGCGAGCGCAGUGUCUUCCGGAUUAAGCUCGACGUUAACAGUGGAACCCUGAAGUCACCGAAGCGCAAGCGCCUGCGCCUCCCCGCCAUGGAUGACCGUGCGAAAACCGGGAAGACAAGACUGGAGCUUCACGACAGCUUCUCCCUCGCAGCUCUACGAAGAAAAGUGCAUCAAUACUUUCUGAGGAAUGAACUCCCAACAGCUGCAAAACUGGCUCAAGAUGUAACCAGUGACAUGAACAUGCCUAAAAUGAGCGUGCGAACGAUGCAAAGGCUGCUUAACAAUAUCGGCUUUUCCUUUCGCAAACGGAAGAGAAACUGUGAGCUUUUGGAAAGAGACGACAUCAUCACGUGGCGACGGCGGUACCUGCGUACCAUCCGACAACUUCGCGCUCAAAAACGACCCAUAUACUACCUUGACGAAACCUGGGUCAACGCCGGACACACAAAGAAUAAAGUAUGGGAAGACGCGAACAUCACGACACGAGAGGAGGCCUUUCGGCAAGGCCUGACCACAGGGCUUCGCGCACCAAGCGGCAAAGGUGGCAGGCUCAUCCUUUUGCACGCCGGCAGUGAGGACGGGUUUCUGAAUUCUGCAUGCCUUCUCUUCCGAGCUGCAAAACGAUCUGGGGACUACCACACCGAAAUGGACGGGCCGCGCUUUGAGCAGUGGUUCGGUGAACAACUUUUGCCCAAUAUCAAGCCGUGCAGUGUCAUUGUAAUGGACAACGCACCGUACCACAGCGUCCGCCUCGAGAGAGUUCCAACAUCGUCAUCUCGAAAGGCUGACAUUCAGUCGUGGCUGACAGAAAAGAACAUCGCGUUUUCACAAGACCAAUUGAAAGCUGAGCUGUUGGAUUUGGUGAACAACCACAAGAAGAUGUUUUCCGCCAAUCGCGUGGAUGUUUUGGCGAAGGCUGCCGGUCACGACGUCGUGAGGCUUCCUCCGUAUCAUUGCGAAUUUAACCCGAUCGAACUGAUAUGGAGCCAGGUGAAAGGUUACGUCGCUGCUAACAACACAACAUUCACCCUUGCCGGCGUUGAAAAACUGGUGCGUGAAAGCAUCGAUCGCGUAACGCCAGACAACUGGCUCCAGGCAUGUGCUCAUGUGAAAAAAAUCGAAGAGGACUUGUGGCAACGUGACGGCCUCAUCGACUCAAAGCUCGACCAGCUUAUAAUUCCACUCGGGUCAGAGUCCAGCACCGAGAGUGACGGUAGUGACAGUAAUAUGAGCGAACUGGAAUACCUCACAUGAAUGCAACCACAGUCGUGAAUGUAAACACAGUGAAUGUAAACCAUAAUAUUGUGUUCUGUACCUGUGCACAUGUCGUUUUAAAAAGACCGACAACUGGCCAGAAUAUACCGAAUACCAACCGAAUACCUGCUUUUAACCUCAUAAAAAAUUCUCAUAAAAAAUGUUCCACGGCGUUUUCCCCGUUUCCAUUGCAUGAUUGGGCAGUGUCACAGAUAUUUCCGUUGAAAUAAAGAAAACGGGCACCUUAAAAAUUGCUUCAUCAUCAUCAUCAUCAGCCUGUUUAAGUCCACUGCAGGACGAAGGCCUCUCCCAACGAUUUGCAAUCCACCCUAUCCUGAGCUUAUCGGUCCCUUUAAUGUUUUUCCCACAAUAAAAGUGCACCGACAUUCGUUACAAAUAGAGUCUGUUCUCGUAGAGGGCUUUACGCUUUGCUAUAUUCUUUCGCAGUAAAAGAUCGCAUUACAAGUCGUCGCGCUGCGUUUAGACACAGCCUGUGUCUUUUGCGGACGAGAUGAACAUCAAAUUGAGUACUUAUUGCCAAAUCCAUAAAUUUUUUUUCAAAUACUGCUGCAAAUAAAAUAAAUUUUAUGAACAGUUAUAUCACUCUUGCAAAUUAGAUAGAUAUACAUGUGUAUAUGCCUUCGAUGAACGCCAUUCACGCGUAAUUAAGCUCGAUGGUGCUUGCGCGCAGAUCGUAAUUCACCGCAUUUUCACAUGGCACCGUUGUGGGAAUGCGUUGACGCGGACUGCGCUGGUGAAAUCGAAACCGAAACACCCGUCGAAGAGGUCGGACUAUUUUGCGCAGUAGCACAUGUGCAUAGGCUCCGCCCACGUAGCCUUGGCCGUGCUGCCACAGAAAGUUGUCGCCGGGUAUAGUGCAGUUUGCUUUUCAACCAAAAUGAUUGUUGAAAGUAAAUUUAUGGAGGGCAUAGCAACUGGGUCACAGCAGUGUCGAACCAUCCACUCAAUGGAACGCCAUUCAACAUAACGUGAAAUGCGAUACGCGCCAAGUGACCCGGCUUUCCUAUCUACUAUGGGUAAAUACUAAUCGAUUGACUAACGGUCACAUAGAGGUAAGGCCAGGAGUUACUCUUAAGUUGGCCAUCCAGUUUGUAGAGAUUGAAAGGUACUAAUAGAGUGCGAGAUGAUGAAGAUGAGAAAAUUACAUACAUGCUCAUUUGUCUUUAUACGUGUCUAUCAUGUAUUGCACGUUUUUUCAUCUCGAUUUUGUGACUGUUGAUCCUUUCCAGAUCAUGAGUUGGUCGGUAAAAGUUGUUUAAACAGGAUAAUCGCUAGAAAAGUUCGCUAGGAUGACAUCCUAAAUUCAUUAUGCUUUGCAUACAUUUUUGAAUAAAUAUGCUAUGUAUUCUAGGUAUGUUC